AUGCCGACUGAUGCAGAAAUUUACGGGUAUGGAACAUUAGCCAACAUAUUAUGUUGUCUGUGUUCCCUGGGAGGAUCAUUCGCUCUACCGUGCGUCAAAAAACAUCAUAGUGCAUACCACGUGGUCCUGUCCAUAUUUAUGGGACUAGCGGUCGGAACCUUGGCUUCUGAUGCCCUUCUACAUCUUAUACCAGAGGCUCUAUCCUUACAUGGUCACCAUAACGGCGAAGAUGAAGGGGCGAACACUACACAUAACGACGACCAUGAUGACCACCAAAUCCACGUUGAUCCAUACGUCUGGUACUGCCUUAUCGUGUUAGCAGGAAUUUAUGCUUUCUACAUACUGGAGGUCAUCAUGGCAUCUCUACAUGGAAAAGGAAAAGGAGAAGCUAAGGCAGACUUGAUGGAUGGCGUAGGCAAUGGGUUCGGUGAGCAAAAACUAGAGACACUCCGAAAGCUUGACGAUAACCACCAAACAGCAUUGAGAGUUGAAAUGCAGACAGAAAACAAGGUGGAGAAAAAAAGCUACUUGAAGCCCAUCGUUGUGAUGAUCGUUAUCGGAGACGCUAUACACAACUUCACGGACGGCCUGGCUGUAGCUGCCUCCUUCAACAGCAGCAUUGUAGAGGGUAUAUCGACGUCCCUGGCAAUCAUUUGUCACGAGUUGCCACAGGAACUGGGUGACUUUGCUAUCUUAAUGAAAAAUGGACUCAGUUUUAAGAAGGCGUUGAUCGCUAAUCUGAUGUCGUCACUCACAGCUCUGCUGGGAUUCUAUAUAGGAGUUUCUUUAUCAAAAGGCGUGGGAGCCAGUCAGUGGAUCUUCUCUAUUGCAGCCGGGCUCUUUCUCUACAUCUCAAUGACAGACAUGAUUCCUGAACUGAUUCAGGCCGGGGCUGGCCGUCUGAAGACGAUCAUAUACCACAAUAUCGGUAUACUCAUCGGCGUUCUGAUAAUCCUUCUAUUGUCAAUUUUCGAGGACAGCAUACAAGUCUAGAUAGAUCAACUUGAAUGCGAUUUUCA